CUAAUGCUACUUCGACUUGGAGGGCACUCGUGUCUACUACAUGCAAUAUGCACAUCCCAGCCAAGAGAAGUCGUCGGCCAGGUCGGAUAGACUAACACUCCGCCUCCAAUGGUUAUCUUGCAUGACUCUUUCAGUCAGUACCCAGCCUCACCUCGGGAAACGAUCAUCGUCUUAGGACGUCAAGGAUAAAUUGCAUGAAAAAUGCUCUUACGAAAGUUGCUCAUCAGUCCCUUUCUCGCCUUCCAUUUCCUUGGUGGUCUUGCCCAAAAUGGCAACCUCCCGCAUGCCUCAUCCAACACUACCCUAUACCUCUCUGCGGUUGUCAACAGUCCUACGGCUCCUUAUCACGCAAUAAUUGAGUGCUGGGCAUUGGCGGCUCCUUUCAUUCGUUAUCCUACAGUCGGAAAAGCUCUAGAUCUCGGCGACACAUCGAACGCUACCUACGUCGUCCUCCCGCCGAGGAGUGCAGAAGGCUGGCAUCGACCGCCACAUCCCAUGUUCUUUAUUCUUCUCUCCGGUCUCGCUCACGUAAGGACUUACGACCCCGCCGAUGACAACAUGAAUCUUCCUUCUCAGCAAGAAUUGUCAAUGGGUCUACCCAAGCCCACCGAGUCACUGUACAUUACCCCAGGGGUCGAUUCACUCAUCAUUGCUGUGGACACGGACAAGAGGUCGCCUGGCCACUUGACUUACUACCCUAGCGAUGUGGAGGCUGUGGCACUACAGAUACCAUUUCAGGAUGGGAAAGUGCCCAAGCAUACCGUCGUCCAUCCGGGUCCAUGUCAGGCUGACACCGAACACCGUGUGCGUGGCAAAGACAGGAAUAAUUGAAACAGUUGAAGGCUAAACCCGUUAUUACUGAGCAUGA